AUGAGCACUGUUCACUGGCAGAAGUCGCAAUCUUGCUGUAAGGCCUCUACAACGGGUCGGCUUUACUUCCAGAGCGAUCAGGUGCCUCGCAGCAUCAUCUCCACUGGACAAGUGGGCACAAACCGUGAUCUUCUUGGAUCCGAUGGGGAGUUCUUUGGGACAGACCCGAUUGCCUUAGAGGUCAACAUUGCGAAUGGGAGAGACCAGAAGUUGAAUCUAGAUGACAACGGCUUCUGCUUGCUUCCUCAUGAGUGGGCACACGUUGACUAUUAUGACAAUGAGAUGGUGAUUGCGAAAUACUACAGCGAGUGUGAGGACAUUGUACGCAGAGCAACGGGUGCAUCGAGGGCAUUGGCCUUUGAUCACAAUAUUCGCGCAAAGCAGCGAAAGGAGGCCGGUGAUCGACUCCGAGGCGGCAGCGCAGUCCAAGAGCCUCUGGUAACGUACGGCAUUCACAACGACUACACAGUCACAUCUGCGGAGCAACGAAUUCGUCAGCUUGCAAAGCCUCCGAGCCGAAACGAUACACGUCGCAACGCAGAUGGGACAAGCUUACUGGAGGCUGCAAAGGUUGACACGCUACUCCAGAAACGAUGGCUGUUUGUCAACGUUUGGCGGAACAUAGCGGAAACGCCAGUGGAGAGCUUUCCCCUUGCUGCGUGUGAUGCGCAGUCUGUGGCACUUGAUGACCUCAUUGUCUUUGAGAUAAGAUAUGCCGAUCGCACAGGUGAGAACUACUUUGCCAGAUACUCUGAGCAGCAGCGCUGGUUCUACUUCCCAAGGAUGAAGAAGGACGAGGUAAUGCUGCUGAAGUGCUGGGACUCCCGAGGCAGAGACUUCAAGCCUGCAGGCGCAGAGGGCAGGGAUGUCGCAGCUACUUUUUCCUUGCAUGGUUCUUUCGAAGAGGUGGCAAGUCCCCCCGAUGCCAAAGACCGCGAAAGCAUCGAGGUACGCUUGGUAGCCUUUUUCGAGUGA